AAGGUAGCGCCGUUCAGUGACUAAGUUUCAGUCACGUUUGUCGUUUGUCGUAACACUUGUGGUUUAAUGUACAAUAAUUUGAUUGUUCCACAUUUUGCGUUUCAUUGUGAUUUAGUGUUAUUAAAAAUAAUAAUUUUAUUAUAUUUUGUGCAAAAUUCGUUAUAUGGAUGUGUAAAAAAUGUUUAAUUUUUUAUUUUAAUAUAAUAAAAACCUAUAUUGAGAAAGGAUAAUUUUUCUGAAUAUUAAUCGACAAAUUGGCGGGAUAUUAUUCUUUAUUCUACAAUCUUGAAUCUUGAAAAAGAUAGACGGAAAUAGGUUAGUCUCAUUGAACAUCAUGCAAUAAAUGAAAGGAAUGAUUGUCUUCAGGAAGAUAUAUGAUUUUGAAGUCAACCAAAUGAAAAAUAUCUAUUACAGUUAUUUCGCAUUUCGAAUUUAUAAAAGAAUGACAUAAUAUUAAUAAAUAAUUUAUUCAAUUGAUCUUCAAUUAACAGCAACAUUAUAAUUCUAAGAUAUUAUCUAAAUUAACUGAACUAAAAUAUUUCUUAUCAAUUAUCGAUAACGAUUAAAAGUAUUAUUAAUAGCAAUCAAUUUUAUAUAUAAAUACUGUUUCUAGUUUAAAAAACUUAAAAUAUCGAUCUGACGCUCCCAUAAAACUGAUCAAUACAUAAUAAGCAACAAAAUGUCUCUCUUCCGGAAAUUUAAUGAACGAAUACCAAGAAGAGCAAUUUUAGGUGCCAUGAUGUUUUUAGCGUGUAUGUUUUCAUAUAUGAUUCGCACUAAUUUGUCAAUUAUAAUCGUUGCUAUGGUAAAUACAACUAGUAAAAGUGGAGGAAGUGGUCCAGCAUGUUCUGCUACUGUUAUCAGUAAUACUACGAAUACAACUAUUGAACUUAAAGAUUAUGGUGAACGAUUUGAAUGGAAUCAACAUAUACAAGGUUUUUUACUUUCUGGUUAUUUUUAUGGAGUUCUUCCAGCAAGUAUACCUGCUGGUCUUUUAGCAGAAAAGUAUGGAGGUUCUAGAGUAGUAGCAUUUGCAACACUAAUACCUGCAGUAUUAAACCUUUUGAUGCCUUGGGUUUCUGGUAUUCAUUAUGGUUUAGUAUUUGUUCUUCGUUUUUUGAUGGGCUUUUUUGGAGCAGCUAUUUAUCCUGCUCUUCAUGCCAUGAUUGCCAGAUGGGUUCCUCCUAGUGAGAAAGGUAUAUUUGUAUGGACAAUGCAAGGUGGUCCUUUUGGAACUGUAGUAACAUUUACAUUAUGUGGUCAAAUAAUCAGUGCUUUUGGUUGGAAAGUUGCAUAUUAUGUUACAAGUGGACUUAUAUUGAUUUUUUAUGCUUUAUGGGUAUUUCUUAUAUAUGAUACACCUGAUCUUCAUCCAGGAAUCACAGAAAAUGAAAAAGUUUUUAUCAAAGAACAAAUAGGUACAAGUGUUUCUAAACAGAAAGUGAAACUACCAGUCAAAGCUGUUGCUACAUCAAUACCAUUUUUAGUUUUGCUAUGGGCUCAUUUUGCAAAUAUGUGGGGUAUAUAUUUCAUUGCCACUAAUGGACCAAAAUAUACUUUAGAAGUUCUUGGUUUUAAUAUGAAAUCGGGAGGAUCAAUUACAGGAUUGCCUUACAUAGCAAGACUUGGUGCUGGAGUAUUAUUUGCUGCAGCUGGUGAUUAUGUUCGAAAAAAAAAAAUUCUUACUUUAGGAUGGAUAAGAAAGAUAUUUAUGCUUUUUUCACAUAUGGGUCCAGCAUUAGCUUUGAUUGUAAUGACAUAUGUUGGUUGUGAUGCAAUAACUGCAAUUGUUAUGCUAAUAGUAGCACUAAGUUUUAAUGGAGCUGCAUGUCAAACUAAUUUACAAAACCAUCAAGAUCUUGCACCCAAUUAUGCUGGUUCUUUAUAUGGAAUCAUGAACACUUUUGGUAGUUUUCCUGGAUUUAUUAUUCCAGCAAUUAUUGGUGCUUUGACAAAUGAAAGAAAUGGAGUAGAAGAAUGGCGUGUUAUGUUCUGGAUCUCAACAGCAGUAUUUACAUCUGCAACAAUACUCUUCUGGUUUUUUGGAUCAGCAGAAAUUCAAUCAUGGAAUAAUUUAAAUCAACAAAAAAUAUCAACGCUUUCUGAGGAAGAAACAACACAAAUGACCGCAGUGGCCAUUAAAGAAUUACAAUCAGAAGAAGAAGAGGACGAAUAUAAAGCAGCAAAUGUUAAUUAAAAAAUUACAUUUUAAUGGCUUAACAUUAAAUUCUCUGUACUAUCU